AUUGAGUGAUGUUUGACUGUUUGACUGCAUUGCUGUUUACACUUACAUAUUGUUAUGUUUUCUCAUGAAUGUCAACAAAGAUCUAUUGAAAAGUGAUUUCAUUAUUUGAAUACAUUAUUCAACUCGAGUCCAAGUGAUGUCCAUUGAGUCAGAUAUCAAAUCGUUUAAUUCAGACAAUGAAGAGGUGGCCGAAGACAAGAGGCCGUCAGUGAACGAUGUGUUGGGAAUGAGUGCCGGCGUUCACAACACCAUUGAACACAUGCUGUCCACUGAAGACCCGCUCGACAAACAAGACUUCAAUGCCGUCGAGUAUAUCAACGCAUUGUUCCCAUCGGAACAGUCGCUCUCUAACAUCGAUGAUGUCUUAAACCGCAUGAAACAGAAGAUUAGACAAUUGGAUGAAGAGAUCCGAGUUGUGGUUCGCGGACAGAAUAAUGUGGAGCUCGAGGGGAGGGAGGCGUUAGAGUCGGCCCGUAAUGUCAUCACACAAUUGGCGAACCGUAUCCUUGAGAUCAAAGAACAGGCAAAACAAUCGGAACAAAUUGUCAAUGAAAUCACGUGUGAUAUCAAACAAUUGGAUAACGCGAAGAGAAAUCUGACCACUUCUAUCAUUAUGUUAAAUAAUUUACAUAUUUUAGUCGAGGGAACCGAUCGAUUGCAAGAGGCGACGAAGAAGAGACAAUACGGACAGUCGGCGUCAAUACUUCAAGGAGUGAUGGAUGUAUUGAAACAGUUUGAAAGGCACCGACAUAUCCCUCAAAUCAAUCAAUUGGCAGAACAGGUAGAGUCCAUACGAACACAAUUAGGACAACAAAUUCUUGAAGAUUUCCGCAAUGCGUUUGAGGGCACGAACGCCAAGAACUCAUUCUCUCAAAACCAGUUGCAAUAUUUGGCCGAAGGAUGUCUUGCGGUCGCAAUACUCGACCCUAAGAUCAAACGGGAGUUAUUGUCCCGUUUUGUAGACAUAGAACUCUCCGAAUAUAAAGCAUUAUUUCAAGAGAAUCAGGAGAUCUCAUGGCUCGACAAAAUAGACAAACGUUUUAAUUGGAUUAAAAAACAUUUGGUAGAGUUUGAGGAGCGUUUCGGACGUAUGUUUCCUCCCAAAUGGGAAGUCAGUGAAUGCAUUGCCGUUGAGUUCUGCAAAAUAACGCGCAAAGAAUUGGCUAAAGUUAUGACAAAUCGAGCCCAAGAAUUGACUGUAAAUCUUCUGUUGUCCGCCAUUUCUAAAUCGACAGCAUUUGAGAAGUUAUUGUCUCAAAGAUUUACUGGAAUUACUUUAAGAGAGAGUCAAAACGAAUUGAAAUUAAGUUCCGAUAAAAGCAGUGAAUUGAAAAUCAACCCGUUUUGGGGACAAAUCACUCAAUGCUUUGAAAGUCAUUUAAGUAUUUACGUGGAGGCGCAGGACAAGAAUCUCUCCAAACUUGUCGACCAGUUUGUCGACGAACACCAAAAGCUCUCCAAAACUGAAAUCGUUGUCUCAGAAGUGUUCCCAACGAGUGGUAAACUAUUCACGCAAUACAAGAUGUGUUUAGUGACGUGUGUGUCGCUAAGCAAUAGACAACCGCUCGUUCUCUUGUCGACAACAUUCCAGAAGUAUCUGAGAGAAUACGCGCAUCGAGUUCUUCAGAGCAAUCUUCCGCGUGUGGGCGCCUUCUCCUCCUCUAUCACCAGUCUCUCCAAUACCAUCACAAGUGCGGCCAAUACUCGUGAAGGAGUGCUGUCAGCCGCCAGUUCUGCGGCCGGACUUCUCCAGAGUUUUCUCAAAGAAGCCGAGGGAGGAGUNUUUACUGGAAUUACUUUAAGAGAGAGUCAAAACGAAUUGAAAUUAAGUUCCGAUAAAAGCAGUGAAUUGAAAAUCAACCCGUUUUGGGGACAAAUCACUCAAUGCUUUGAAAGUCAUUUAAGUAUUUACGUGGAGGCGCAGGACAAGAAUCUCUCCAAACUUGUCGACCAGUUUGUCGACGAACACCAAAAGCUCUCCAAAACUGAAAUCGUUGUCUCAGAAGUGUUCCCAACGAGUGGUAAACUAUUCACGCAAUACAAGAUGUGUUUAGUGACGUGUGUGUCGCUAAGCAAUAGACAACCGCUCGUUCUCUUGUCGACAACAUUCCAGAAGUAUCUGAGAGAAUACGCGCAUCGAGUUCUUCAGAGCAAUCUUCCGCGUGUGGGCGCCUUCUCCUCCUCGAUCACCAGUCUCUCCAAUACCAUCACAAGUGCGGCCAAUACUCGUGAAGGAGUGCUGUCAGCCGCCAGUUCUGCGGCCGGACUUCUCCAGAGUUUUCUCAAAGAAGCCGAAGGAGGAGUGAAAGUGUUGUCUAAAAGCGAGUUAUGCCAAGUCUGUAGUGUUUUAUUGACCGCUAAUUACUGUUUGGAGACAACACAACAAUUGGAGAAAAAAUUACAGGAAAGAGUUGACCAGACAUUGACUGAUAAAAUCAAUAUGAGUCCCGAACUCGAUAUCUUUCAUGGCAUUAUUUCAAACUGUAUUCAACUUCUAAUACAUAAUAUCGAAGCCGGAUGUGAGUCGGCCUUCAAUUUGAUGAUUAAAACUCAAUGGUCAACUGUUGAGACACCGAUUGGUCAAAGUUCUUACAUAACAAGCAUAUCGUCAAACCUUCAGCAGGCGUUCCCAUACAUACGGGACAAUCUACAGGAGGCGCGCAAAUACUUCACCCAACUCUGCAAUAAGUUUGCCUCGACUUUCAUUCCCAAAUAUAUCGGACACCUAUUUAAGUGCAAAUCUCUGAGUCAGGGCGGGGCUGAACAGCUACUACUGGACACGCAUACGCUUAAGAAAGUGUUGAUAGAGUUACCAUGUUGGGAGUCCACUGUGAAGACCGCUCCCGCCAGCUAUACUAAGACUGUCAUCAAAGGCAUGACUAAGGCUGAGAUGAUUCUGAAGGUAGUGCUCGUCCCUCACGAACGCGUCGACCCAUUCAUUGAAAGUUAUAUCAAACUAUUGCCCGAUUCUGAUAACAAUGAGUUCCAGAAAAUACUUGAUAUGAAAGGAGUGAAAAGAGCCGAAUCCACACAAUUGCUCGACGCUUUCAAGAAUAGGCCCAUUUCUAAAGAGAUCAAUGAUAUGACCUCUAAUCCCAUGUCUAAUGAAACCAUUUCAGACCAAAAUAAUGACUACGAAUCCAGUCGUAUAAAGCGUUUGGAAAAGUUGAUCAAAAAGAGUGAAGAGAUAUUCAGAUGUAUUGCCACCGAAAGGACGACUCGAUUGGAUGUGAUGUUAAUAAAUGUGAGUGAUUUGACAUCUCUUUGUAGCGGCGAUUGUGACCAUUGGUUAGACAUCGACAGAGAAGGCUAUCUAUUCGUCAAAUACAGAAACGACAGUCUCUUUAAUCACUGGAAGAGUGAGUCGUUUAUCGAGAGGUUUGUUAGACUUAAAGGCAAUCUUCUGGUGAUAAUCGCCACUAAGACUAUCAACGACUCGAUUGACACGAAUUGCGCGACGAAUACAGCGAACGACAGAUGUCUUCAUAUAAUUGUUUUGCAAGAAUUUGCCAUCAAAUUGAUAGACGAGUCCAACAAAUACUAUGAGUUCGUCAUUGAAUUGAAUCGAAACGAAUUGAUCCGAAGUUUUCAUUUCGCGACCAUUUCUCACAACGAAAGAGACGAAUGGAUCCAAACCAUCCAUUUGAAUAUCUAUAUGAAUGACGAGAAGAAGUUAAUGAAUUGCAUUACAUAUUCCAUCGGAGAAGUGAAGACCGAAUUCCAACGCAACCAAAUGCGAGCCCUUGAAUGUCACCUUAGAUUAGUUAAUGUAUUGACCGAAUCGUUGAAUGAGAUCAGUCUCUAUCAGACACAACACAGCUUUAGGCCCUCCACUGCAAAGAGUGAUUUAUUUCUUCAGUUCAUUCCAAUCAACUUUCAUUUGCAGAGAUGUCUGGUCUCGGAAUCAAAUUCAAAUCGACGCAAAUUUCGUGAUAUAUUUACUGUCGGCGCCUAUUGUUGUCAUUAUUUAGGCUUUAAAAGCGGAGGAAUGAAAGAACUAUUUGACACUAAAAACAAUGCAAAUAAUAUUGCAUUAUAUAAGACAUGGAAUGCAAUGAAAAAUUUUUUCAAAAUAAGUUCACUUAGAGAUAGAAUUUAUUCCGAAUUGAGAGCAAUGGUUAAUAGCAUUGACGGCCAAACCGUUGAUAUUCAC